AGGCGUCUGUCGGUCGCAACAGUAGUAGUUCAAUGUGAGAACAUUUUAGGAAAGAGAAGUUUGUCAAAUUGUGUGAUCUGUGUAUCUUGUUGGUUCGCUUUUGUAAUAUUUUUGGACUUUUAUGUACUUUUGUUCGUAAGAAUUUACAAUGGACAUAUCAAGGGGGGUCUUUCACGUUUUACUCGUACUGUUGGCUCUAGUCUUGGAGAAGUUUGCGGUGUUGGCUGCCUUCUCGCAGUCAAUGGACAGUGAUUUCACGUUCACUCUUCCUCCUGGUCGAAAAGAGUGUUUCUUCCAGACCAUGAAGAAAGAUGCCUCGCUGGAGAUUGAAUACCAGGUACUGGAUGGGGCAGGUUUGGAUGUGGAUUUCUACAUUGCCUCACCUACAGGUCAUGUAUUGUUCAACGAUUACCGCAAAUCAGAUGGAGUGCACACAGUUGAGACUGAGGAUGGAGACUACAUGUUCUGCUUUGACAACACAUUCAGUUCAGUCUCAGAGAAGGUCAUCUUCUUUGAACUGAUCCUCGACAACAUGGACACAGAUGAAGACCCAGAUGACUGGAAGGAGUAUGUCCAUGGGACAGACAUGCUGGACAUGAAGCUAGAGGACAUCAUGGACACAAUCAACAAUGUGAAGGCACGGUUGUCCAAAAGUGUUCAUAUUCAGACUGUACUGAGGGCAUUUGAGGCUCGGGACAGGAACCUCCAGGAAAGUAACUUUGAUCGAGUGAACUUUUGGUCUAUAACCAAUCUCCUUGUAAUGGUAAUUGUUUCAGCGGUUCAAGUGUACCUUGUGCGGUCACUGUUUGAAGAUAAAAGGAAAAUUUGCACAUAACAUAUUUUUUUUACUAGAUUUCAUAAACAUAGUUUGCCUCUAAUAUAUUUAGACAAAUAAUAAGAUAUAUUUUUCCCCAAAAUUACUUGGUCUACUGAAGAAAAUCAUAGGGGAUUAGGAUCUGCAAUUUGACUUAACAUUUUUGCCAUACAUUUGGUAAAGCUGACAAGAAGUCUAUUAUACUAUUAUGAAGUAACUGCUGGCCAAAUAUUUCUAUAACAGAGUUAGGUAGACCAGGUGUGCCGUCUGGUUCAUAAAUAUUUUUUAUAUAAUUGUUUUCUCUUUUAUGAAGAUGCCUUCAACGUUACAUUUGCAGUAGCUUCAUGUCCAUUAGGACCAUAGCAUUCAUGAAGUGAAAACCCUGUCAAGUCCUCUUUUGAGCCAUUUUGCCAUUAAUAGCAGCCUAAAGGGCCAUGAUCAUAAAGGAAAAUAAAUGGGAACACCACAGGAUCAUGUCAUGGCGAUUGCUCUAAUUUCCUUAGCUAAACUUGAGUCGACUUUGCUGCUGUGAACUCUCAUGGCUGCUGACAAGGGUCUAGUUACAGGCACCUACUCUAUGAAAAUGUCUGCCAUACUCGGUGACAACAUGCUAUUUCUAUCAUAUGGAAACCUGGAAGGUCAUUACCACUAUUACAUAUGUGCACUGUUCAGUUUAUUAUAAUAUGCACAGGCCAUUCAUUGCCUUGUUUUUAAAAUUAAGUGUUUGGUUUUGAUAGUGUCACUAUCAAACUAAAUGGUCUUUGCACUACCUACUAUGCCAUCGAACAACAUCAAGUAUGUCUUUGUAUAUAAAACUGGGAAGACUCCUUGCAGUAGACAACAUCUUUUAAGUCACAGAAAUAUAUAAAUAUAUAUAUAAAAAUUUCCACAAUUUGAAAUAUUAGACUAUAAUUUGGUUUCAUAGUUACUGACUUUAUUGACCUUUACUUGGAUCCCCAUUAGUGCAGGUGGAGGCUCCUUGCUAUCAUUGUUUUUAGCAUUUUCUCUGUUAAAAUGACAGAUAAUAAGUUUGUGCAUGCACUAUUUAAAGGGUGUGAUUACAAUAACACAGUGGUUUUGUCAUUGGUCAAGUAUGUUUGUUUAUGCCUGUUUGAUCAAGAAGAGUUUUUGUAAGACUCUGUAGUGUUUUUCUGAGUCAGUUCCUUUAAUGUACAUGUGUUUUAUGAGGUCACAAUUCACAAAAGAGAAAGACUGACCACAUAUUUAUUCUGCUCAUGCUCUGUUAAUAGUAAAUUGUGUAAAUUAAAUGAUUAAGACUUUUCCUCAGUGUGUAUUAUUGAAUUAUAAAUUUGUGUACUUACCUGUGAAGCAGGGCCUUUCUUGUUUUUAAUUGAAAGAGAGUUGAUGAUCACAUACUCAUGCAAAGGAGCAGUGGAGAGAGGUCUUCUGAAGCACAGUGGAUGGAGGCCAAGAGAUCUUCAGAUUGAGCACAACAUUUUUUUUUUCCACAGGGGACAUUUUUAUGUUCACAUAAAUACUGGUAUACUUACUGGCUUAUUAUAUGAUGAGAUGAUGAAAAACAUUUGUAAACAUUGACAAAACGUGGUCCCAUUUGCACUGGAAAGCUUAUGC